AUGCAGGAAUCCAGCUGUGUCCUUGAUGUCAUUGCUGCCAUGAUGAAGGCGACUGGCACAGGCACUGCUAGAAUGGUAUCUCUGCUGCUGCUGUUGUUGCUGCUGCUGCUGCUAAUGCCCCAGGCAGUCCACGGACACAGGACAGAGUUCGGUUCUACGAGAUACUGGCAUAUCCUGUCCUUCUCGCUAGCUGUUCAGGAGAUCAAUCAAAAUCCCACAGUUUUACCCAACAUCACCCUGGGAUACAACCUCUUUGACAGCUUCUAUGAUGGCAGACUUACUUCUGAUGCCAUCCUUGAUGGCCAUUCUGGAGGGGUAAAGAAUAUUCCAAACUAUAACUGUGGACAACAGAAGAACCUCUUGGCUGUUAUUGAAGGGGCUGAAUCGGAUAUCUUCAUCCAGAUUGCAAGCAUGUCAGACAUCUACAAAACCCCACAGAUAAGUCAUGGCUUUGCUCUUCAUGAUCAAAUCCAGUUCCCCUUUGUCUACCGGAUGGUCCCAAAGGAAGUAACCCAGUACCUGGGGAUUAUCAAGCUGCUCCUGCAUUUUGGAUGGACGUGGAUUGGAAUAUUUGCUCCGGACAACGACGCUGGAGAAAGCUUCAUGAAAGCCUUCACACCUCCGAUGAUCGGCAGUGGGAUUUGUGUUGCCUUUGUGGAAAGAAUACUACAAAAGACUCUAGUGGAAAAGUACUUAUGGCAUGAGCUCCCUGCCAUGUGGCAACAAGUCGGUGUGUUUGUUUAUUGUGGGGGCUCUGAUUAUGAAUUUGGCCCAAUCAUUGUGUUGCAACGGAAGCUAGCUAGGAGGAAAGUUUGGAUCACUACAGUUUUUAGGAACACGAACAUCAUUUUAUCUUAUGAUACCGAUUCCUUCAUGCAAAUCCAUGGUUCUUUGUCCUUAGUAAGGAAGGCCAGAAAGGGGGCAAAGCAUGACUUCUAUGAGGUAUGGUCCAGUGAAACAAACGAGUUUUGGGAUAAUUCUUUCCGUUGUUCAUGUUCAGAGGAUGUGCUGUCAACUGAAGUAUGGACAAGAUGCACAGAGAAGGAGAAACUGGAGGUUCUCCCCCAAGAGGAGAUCGAAAGAGUUGUGUCUCAAGACAAUUACAUUACUUACAACAGUGUCCAGGCUGUGGCACUUGCCUUAAACACGGCAUAUUCCUCCAGAUCCAAACAGAUGUUGAUGGCGGGUAGGACAAACAGUUUGGGACUUCAAAAGCUGCAGCCAUGGCAGCUUCAUCCCUACUUCAGAAAAGCCCAGUCGUUUAACACCACCAAGGGUGGACUGCAUCUGAAUGAGAAUGGGGAGCUGGCAGCCGACUAUGACAUUGUGAACUGGGUGCUGUUUCCCAACGGGUCUCGCGGCAGAGUGAAAAUCGGGAGUGUAGAGGGACAGGCAUCCUCUGAUUUAAAACUCACCAUUAACCCGGAAGCCAUUGUGUGGCCCUUGUGGUUUAAUGAGACCGAGCCUCGCUCCAGAUGUUCCAACAGCUGUCGCCCUGGAUACGUCAAGGUGGCUCAAAAAGGACAGCCGGUUUGCUGUUAUUCUUGUGUUCCGUGUGCAGAAGGGACAGUCUCCAUUUUGGAAGAUGCAGACCACUGCUCAAAAUGCCCAGGAGAUCAUCAUCCAAACAAGGACCAAGAAAAAUGUAUCCCCAAGGCUACCAGUUUCCUAUCCUAUGAAGACUAUUUGGGGAUCCUCUUGGCUUCUAUUUCCCUCUUCUUGUCCUUCUUAACAGGCAUCAUCUUAGGAACCUUCAUUAAAUACAAAGAUACUCCUAUUGUCAAAGCCAACAACCGGGACCUCUCCUUCAUCCUCCUCAUCUCCCUCCUGCUUUCCUUUUUGUCCUCCUUCCUCUUCAUUGGCCGGCCAAGAAGAGCAACCUGUCUUCUCCGACAAACAGCCUUCAGCAUCAUCUUCUCGGUUGCAGUCUCUUCUGUGUUGGCCAAAACCAUCAUGGUGGUGCUGGCCUUCCUGGCCACAAAGCCAGGGAACAGGGUGAGGAGAUGGCUGGGCAAGAGUUUGGCCAACUCCAUUGUCAUUUCCUGUUCCGGUGUCCAAGUUCUCAUCUGUACCAUCUGGCUGGGCAUUUCUCCCCCUUUCCCGGAGUCUGACAUGCACUCCCAGCCCCGAGAGAUCAUCCUGCAAUGCAAUGAAGGAUCUGUUGCCAUGUUUUACACUGUCCUUGGCUACAUGGGCUUCCUGGCUACCAUCUGCUUCACGGUGGCUUUCCUAGCCAGGAAACUGCCUGGGGCCUUCAAUGAGGCCAAGCUGAUCACCUUCAGCAUGCUGGUCUUCUGCAGUGUUUGGGUGUCCUUUGUGCCCACCUACCUGAGCACCAAGGGGAAGUACAUGGUAGCCGUUCAGGUCUUCUCCAUCUUGGCCUCCAGUGCUGGGCUUCUGGGCUGCAUCUUCAUGCCCAAGUGCUACAUUAUUGUACUGAGGCCUGAUCUGAAUAGAAAGGAGCACCUCACAACAAAAACAAAAAAUAGUACCUGAACGUUGAACUAUUAUUUUCAGUUUUGGCAAGAGAUGCCCAGCACACCAGU